UGCUAUUUUUGUCAAAAAUACGUAACUUCAAUCUAAUGAGAAAACAUCACAUUAACCCAAAUUUGGGGGCAUUUUACAAAAGGGCUGGCUGCAAAAGUGUGAAUGUGAAGAAAGAAUAAAAACUGUCACAGUUAGGAGGAGAGAUGCUGGAGAUCCACAAGAGCAGUGUCGGGCUGCAGACUGAAUGUGGAAACAGGAUGGAUAGGAUGACAGAAGAUGCUCUUCGCCUGAACCUGUUGAAGCGGAGCUUGGACCCGGCCGAUGAGCGAGACGAUGUCCUGGCUAAGCGACUCAAAAUGGAGGGGCACGAGGCCAUGGAACGCCUGAAGAUGCUGGCGCUGCUCAAACGGAAGGAUCUGGCGAAUCUCGAUGUGCCACAUGAGUUGCCCACCAAACAGGAUGGCAGUGGCGUCAAGGGCUAUGAAGAGAAACUCAAUGGGAAUCUCAGGCCUCAUGGCGACACCAGGACUGCUGGAAGGCCAGGCAAAGAAAACAUCAGCGAUGAGCCUGUGGAUAUGAGUGCCAGGCGGAGUGAGCCAGACCGUGGGAGGCUGACUCCCUCCCCAGACAUCAUUGUUUUAUCUGAUAAUGAGGCUUCCAGUCCCCGCUCCAGCUCCCGAAUGGAAGAAAGACUCAAAGCAGCCAACCUAGAGAUGUUUAAGGGGAAAGGCAUUGAGGAGCGGCAGCAGCUCAUCAAGCAGCUGAGGGACGAGCUGCGAUUGGAAGAAGCCCGACUGGUGCUGCUGAAGAAGCUGAGGCAGAGCCAGCUCCAGAAGGAGAACGUAGUCCAGAAGACCCCGGUUGUGCAGAACGCGGCAUCCAUCGUGCAGCCAUCUCCUGCCCAUGGGGGACAGCAGGGCCUGUCCAAGCUUCCCUCCCGGCCUGGGGCCCAAGGGGUGGAACCACAGAGUCUGAGAACAUUACAGGGUCACAGUGUCAUCCGCUCCGCGACCAGUACCACCCUCCCACAUAUGUUGAUGUCCCAACGUGUUAUUGCACCAAACCCAGCCCAGCUACAGGGUCAACGGGGCCCACCUAAGCCUGGCCUUGUACGCACCACAACACCCAACAUGAAUCCUGCCAUCAAUUACCAACCGCAAUCGAGUUCUUCUGUUCCCUGCCAGCGCACAACAUCCUCUGCCAUCUAUAUGAACCUCGCCUCCCACAUGCAGCCGGGGACUGUGAACAGGGUGUCCUCACCCCUGCCGAGCCCCAGCGCCAUGACUGAUGCCGCCAACUCCCAGGCUGCCGCCAAACUGGCUCUUCGCAAACAGCUGGAAAAGACCCUCCUGGAGAUUCCGCCGCCUAAACCUCCUGCUCCCCUGCUUCACUUCCUGCCUAGCGCGGCCAAUAGCGAGUUCAUCUACAUGGUGGGCUUGGAAGAAGUCGUACAGAGUGUCAUCGACAGCCAAGGCAAAAGCUGUGCCUCACUCCUGCGGGUCGAACCCUUUGUUUGCGCCCAGUGCCGCACAGAUUUCACCCCUCACUGGAAGCAAGAGAAGAAUGGUAAGAUUCUGUGUGAGCAGUGUAUGACCUCCAACCAGAAGAAGGCUCUAAAGGCCGAACACACCAACCGGCUGAAAAAUGCUUUUGUUAAAGCCCUACAGCAGGAACAGGAAAUCGAACAGCGACUACAGCAGCAGGCAGCCCUUUCCCCCACUGCGGCUCCGGCCGUGUCCAGUGUCAGUAAACAAGAGACCAUCAUGAGACAUCAUACGCUUCGGCAGGCUCCACAGCCCCAGAGCGGCCUCCAGCGCGGCAUACCCACAUCUGCCCGUUCCAUGCUCUCCAACUUCGCGCAGGCGCCCCAGCUGUCUGUGCCUGGUGGCCUCCUUGGGAUGCCAGGUGUCAACAUUGCAUACUUGAACACCGGCAUCGGAGGACACAAAGCUCCCAGUUUGGCAGACAGACAGCGGGAGUACCUUUUAGACAUGAUCCCUCCCCGGUCUAUAGCGCAGUCCAUCAGCGGGCAGAAAUAACGCCUGUCCACGUGCACUGCCCCAGCCUUGAACCCUUUACCCCUCCUCUCCCAUUGCCCCCAACUUCCGUCGCAUGCAGUGCCUGUACUGGUGCCUACCAUACACGGAAAACAAAACAGAAAACAGAAGACAAACCUAGAAAUCAACAGGAAAACGCGCCUGCCCUGCCCGCCACCCCUCUCUCACUGCUGCGAUUCUGCCGCUCUUGUCUUCUCUCCGGUUUUCUUUCACAGUGAGGUGCUCUUCACCUCGGAUGAGGUCAGAGUGAGGUCCUGGGGAGAGAGAAAUCUAAGCCCUCUGACGUGUGUUUCUAAAGUUUUUAUGCUCUAAUUAUUAUCAUUUUUAAUGAUGUUGUGUGUCCUCCCCUUUGUUCAGUGGACGGUUAAACCUUUUUAUUUUCUCAAUAUUUUUCUUUUUCUCUUUUUUUUUUUUCUUUUUUGUAAACACAGAUGACAUUCAGAUAAAUGACAGGAGCAUUGCAGGGGGUCCCCAAGCAGAUAUGACUGGCAACGCUGGGGGCAGAAGUUUUUAAUGCACUUAACCUGGGGGGGGGGGGGGGCAAGGUGAUGGCAUCAGAUAGGGAGGACAUCAGCCCUUGGUGUCUCUGGGCUGGACAGUCUGGGAGGUGGUGUUUUGUACUGAAGUUGGGCUCUAAGAAUGAGGGGAAUGAGCCUGGAGGGAGAAGCUUUAAAAUGUAACCACCACGGAAUUGACCCACAGAGAAAGGGGAGAGGGAGGUGGGGACAAGUAUAGUGCUGAGCCAAGGAGGACGGAGGCUGGUGUUGGCCUCCUGGAUGCUCUCCUGGUCCCAGUGGAGAUAGAGGUCUAUUCCAGGUCAACUAGCCCAAAAUUAUUUCACCUUACUUUCUUUGUAAAAUCCCCCCCCCCCCCUUUUUAAUCCUGAUCUCCUCCUGGUAAACUCAGUCCCCAAGUCCCGUCUAUAAUCCGGGAGGCGUAGCUGUUCCCAGCCUGAGUUAGCCGGUGUCCUGGGAGCUGGGCGGGACAUACUGAGUGAGACAGAGAAGGGAAGAGAGAAGGGCUUUCUCUCCCAGCAGGUGAGACCCCAUCUGUCUGUCCCACCCUCCAGCCAGGAGGAGGGAACAGGGAUGCCUCACCAGCUUGGAGUCCUGCCCUGGUCUGCUGUCCUGAGUGCAGAACCCACUGCUCAGAGCCACACAACUCUGGUCAAAGCCAGCUCUGGGUCUCGGCUGCAAAAGUAGUUGUGGUGUCCCCCUCCCCAACCCAUCUCCAGAAGUCUAUUAAUUUUCCUUUUUUGUUGUUUUCAGCUUUUUCUUGAGCGCUACUAAUGUAGAGAAUGAACUGAAUUGUGCAAUGUUGCUGUUCUGGGGAUAAGAGAGGUUAGCACCCCAUCUGCCCACACCGUGGGGGAAGUAAGAGGGGGACCAGGCUGUCUCUGAGGUAAAGGAAGCCCCUAAAAGGCAGGGGUUUCUGCUCUCCCGUAACACUCACCUGCCUCUCCAGCUCUAGAAGCUGCCAGAGUACAGGAAAGGGAUACACUGAGCAGAGACGUGUGAAGAGGAGUUUAGAAUUUUGCCCUUGAAAGCCACCUGGGAAAGUUCCCCCACUUUUAUUUUAAAAAAUUAAAUAAUGUUUUUAAAGUAAGAAGGCACUUUUAAAAUUAACACACACACAAACUGCACAUCUUGCCCAUAAAGUUUGUGGGUCAGUGGGGAGAAGGAGCUGGAAUCAGGCUCAGUACCCCCCUCCCCAUACCCCAGAGCCACUGUGGGUUACUCUACUGGCCCUACGGGCCUUCCUGGGUUUUUUCUUUCCUCCCUUCCCCCAAAUUCAUUGAGCACUUAAUAAAGGAGCAGAGAUACAGCCUGUGUCUGGGCUCCCCCAGUGGUGAAGUGAUCUGAAGCUAGAUGCUAGUAACAGAUAGUGAUGGGCUGUUUGGAGUAUUUUUCUGGGGCCUGUGGUGCCCCUGACUGUAAGUGGGGGAGAGGGGGGAUUAUGAAACUGGGUCUGGGGUUAUUUUAAAAUUAUAUAUAUAUAUAUACAUAUAUAUAUAAAAAGAUAUAUUCUUACAUCUUUGCCCUCUGUGCUUUGAAAGCACUGGAUAAAUCGUUUGGUUUUGCUUUUCUCACUUCCACGAAAUUGGAAGCUUUUUUCUUUUUUUUUUCUUUUUUGUUGUUGUUUUUUUAAAUUUUCCCUGCAAAUCACCUUGCCUUGUGGCAUGUCUGUCUAGCCUCUUCCGCCCCACCCGCCAU